GAUCGGCGGACAUUCGCGCAAUGAAGACCGCAGUAAUCGGAAUUCCAGCAAUCUCCGGCGUUAUUCUGGUGAUUCUGCUCCCGCUCCCCGGAUCCAGUCAGUUUCUCGACCCAGCCUGUGGAAUUCGAGCAGUACCGAAGAUAGCGACUCGCAUCAUCAAUGGCCACAUUGCAAAGCAGAACUCCAGCCCCUGGAUGGUUUUUCUGCACUCAACUACGGAUUUGUUUGUGUGCGGUGGAACUCUGAUCACAAACAAACUGGUACUUACUGCAGCGCAUUGCUUCAUUGCCAACCAGCAGUUAGUAGCCCGCCUGGGUGAGUAUGAAAGAACACGAAGUGAGGAGUGUGUCGGAUAUUACUGCAACUUCCGAGCCGAGCACAUGGUGGAUGCGGGCUUCAGGCACCGCCUGUACAAUCCAAAUACUCAUGCCAACGAUAUUGCGAUCCUCCGACUAGCCAAAAGAGUGAUUUACAGAGACAACAUAAGGCCCAUUUGCAUUGUGUGGGACGCUAGAUGGAGGAAGUACAUCGACAGCAUCGAUGUGCUCACCGGAACUGGAUGGGGCAAGACCGAGGCGGAAAGUGACAGUGAUGCUCUGAGGACCCUCGACAUCCGGCGACAGCCCCCAGAGAUAUGUACUCAGUUCAUCGGCCUGACCAUCUCUGGCAGCCAAUUCUGCGCUGGAAACUGGGAUAGCAACCUGUGCAACGGUGAUUCUGGAGGCCCAAUCGGGGCUAUGGUCCCAUACAAAAACAGCCAGCGCUUCGUUCAGAUUGGCAUAGCCAGUUAUACGAACAGAAAGUGCCAGAAAGCCAGUGUCUUCACGGACAUUCUGAGCCACAUCGACUUUAUACUUCGGGUAUGGAGGCAGUACGGCAAUGGUCAAAGGCUGCCCGUCGCAACGACAACCACAACGACGAAGGCCCCAACUUGGUGGCACACUACGCAGAUUCCACAACAGACCUACGAGGAUUAUGAUUCUGAUAGCUCUGAUAAUUCAGAUAAUACCCAAGAAACGCAUUGGGAUUGGAGCUCGCAGUGGACUCCUGGCGGGUAUUUCCAUUUUUCCAUAUGGUAGCUUUGACUCAUUUACAAUAAAAUUUCCCCUUUACAACCGCU